GCACGAGAGUAGAAAAGAAUAUAUCAUGUUGUUUGAGAAAGCGGAGUUUGAAUCUCAAUCUCUCAGGCUUCCGGUAUGACCUCGAAUCGCAGCCGUCGCAGCAAGAGUGCAUGGAUGCAAAAUCUCCUAGAGGAUGAAGAGGAGGAGGAUAUGGAAGAUGAGGUUCAACAGGUGCAGGCUGUGGUGGCCACAAUGUUGGGAGUUGGAGCAGAGGAAGCACGUCUUAGACGAAUACAAUGCCGUAAUGAACAUCGCAGUUACCUCUGUCGUCCUGAUUUACUACCACAUCCUCGUGGUGACACGCCUUGGCAGCGACUACACAAUGGUCAUAAAGACCGUGCAUACAUAGUCACAAUGGGACUUGAUGUUCCAACGUUUGAGCUCAUCCUGGCCUCCGGAUUUGAGCAGCGAUGGAAUGAGUCCACCAUUGACCGUACCGAUGUCUCUUCUUCUGGAGUCUCACGUCCCGAGAGGAGAUCCCUUGAUGCUGCAGGUGGACUCGGUCUAACUUUACAUUGGUUAUCAUCCACAAUGCGCGAAAUUACACUUCAGCAAGUCUUCGCCCUCAUUCCUGCUACAGUUACCUGUUAUGUCACUUUCGCCCUGCGAAUACUGCUGGAGACUUUGAAAUCAAUGCCGCUAGCAAAGAUCAAUUGGCCUGAUGAAGUCAAGGACCACAAUGAAUUUGAAGAGUUGUCGAAACUAGUCCUCGCAUGCCAUCACCUUCUCUUGGGAGCCUUUGGAAGUAUAGACGGUCUGAAUCUUUUAUGUCAAGAAUCAGAUGACAUUGAGAUUGAGAAUGCCACCUAUAAUGGGUGGCUACAUAGUCACUUCGUAAGUUCUGUUCUUGCAUUCAGAGCGAAGGGAACCCUUAUUGCAUCAAACUGGAACUGUCCGGGCAGCUGGCAUGAUUCUCGCGUCACCCAGCCAAUUUAUGAACGACUGCAAAAUUGCACUCCAGAAGGAUAUUUUCUUGUUGCCGAUACUGCAUUCCCGCAUGGCACAAAACAGAUUGAAGGUCGAAUUCGUGUCCCAAUAAAGCAAGGUCAGACCUUGCCGUCUGAUGAGGCAGAACUACGGAAGGACUCUUGACUAUGAUAGGCAGUUAUUGUCUUAUCGACAAACAGCAGAGUGGGGAAUGCAAGGCAUUCAGGCAUCAUUUGGCUGUUUACAUGUACCACUCGAGAUCGCUCACAAUAACCUUCGUGCUGACUUAUUAGAGACUUGUGGAUGCAUACACCAACUUCGAAUGCACUGUGUAGGCAUUAAUCAGAUAGCAUCAGUCUAUGUUCCAAUAUGGCAUGAGGGUGAUCAAGGAGAUAUUUGGGAUGGUUUCGAGUCAAUGCUCUUCUCUGAACAGCGGAAGAGAGAUCGUGUUUCUGCAUUUCAUGUAGUUGCUGUGUAUGAUUAACUAUCACCAAGGUAGUUACAUCAUGUAUUCAAAGUAGAGUAAAGCACAAAUACAAAGGAGCUACUACCAUUCAAGAAAGGUACAGUUACUAG